CCACCUCCAGUUCACGCCUAUGGACCUAUGGUGUGUGUGAUAUAUGUCAAUGCUCCAUGCUCCAUCCUCUCUCAUGCGCUCGACGGACGUCAGAAUCAUCGGCGGAAUCAUCGGUGACGAGUCGAGGCCGUGUGGCGGCCAGUCACUCCUCGUGCAAUGAUCGACGUGUCAUCGACCAAUUAAUAGACGGUCGGAUCGCUGGUGGAUCGGUUCGGUAAAUCGUUCAUCAGCAAUGGCCACAGGUGGUAGUAGUUUCAUCAGUAAACCAGCCAGAGGAUGGUUGCAUCCGGAUCAUGUAGUCAGUAAGGAAGGGAUAAGUUAUACAGUGAAGUAUAUUGGAUGUCUCGAAGUGAACACGUCGAUGAAAAGCUUGGAUUUUGAAACACGAUCGUGCGUAGCUAAGGAAUGCAUAAACAGAGUUUGCGAAGCUGCCGGAUUAAAAUCUGCUGACAAAAAGAGAAGGGUUGACAAGAAAGUGUUGAGAGCUAUAGCAGAUAAGCCUCGCAUGGAGCAUAGUGCUGUUAAUGUUACUUUAACCAUCAGCAGUUGCAGUUUAUCCUUGACUAAUAUUGAAACUAGACAUAUUAUUGCGAAACAUGAUAUGCCACGUAUAUCCUUUGCUUCAGGCGGCGAUACGGAAAUACUGGAUUUUGUUGCGUACGUUGCUAAAAAUAUGCAAGAGUGGCGCGCUUGUUACGUGCUUGAAUGUACAGGUGGUUUAGCGCAGGAUGUUAUAUCGACUAUUGGACAAGCGUUCGAGCUCAGGUUUAAAGAGUUUCUUACAAAACCAAGUUCUCUGCACCCCGUGCUAAACGGUGUCAGAGAGGUGGACAGGGAUUAUUACAAUGAUCUGCCAGGGAAAGUACCGCCAGAUAUUGGCCCACCGCCAGUACCUCCUUUGCCUAAUACAGCAUCUACACUGCCUAAUCUGAAGCAUCAUCAAAAUCAUGCGCGCACUCAUGCACAAAGUAUUGCAGUUGAUUCAUUCUCAUCUGCUGCAGACAGACAUCAGCAGUUGGCAGAAACUGGGAAUCUAAUUGAUUUAAAUUCAGAUAGCACUCCAUCAACGAAUUUAAAUAUAAUGUCUGAGCACAAUUACGUAAACGACAGUGUCAUAGCUGCAAGCAGAGACAAUCAUCGUGAUCCAGCAUCACUUUUUGACGUUUUUGAUAUGCAGCCGUUUAGUUCUGCAAUAUCCGAUAUGAACAGACUAAGUCCCCGAUCACAGAAACAGCAGUUAAACCAAGAAAUUUGGUUUCACGGAAGUGUUAGCCGAUCUGAAGCGGAAUCCAUGCUUACUAGAGAUGGCGAUUUUUUGGUUCGAGAGUCACAAGGUUCCCCCGGCCAGUACGUUCUGACUGGAAUGAAUAAUAAUACCCCAAAACAUUUGUUGCUAAUUGAUCCUGAAGGCGUCGUUCGCACAAAAGAUCGUGUAUUUGAUAGCGUAAGUCACUUAGUGAAUCAUCACUGUGACAACGUAUUGCCUAUCAUAUCGGCUGACAGUGUUCUAGUACUGCGUUACCCCAUACCCAGGCAUACAAAUUAUUGAUUUUGAACGUUGAACGAUGACUAAAGGGCACAGACUUGGCAAAGAUUUUCCGAAUAGUUAUUUUACGUAUCUUUGCACGUGAGAAUCUUUGGCAAGUUUUGGCUUUUGUGAUAUUUUUAAAAUCAAGUCAUUUCAUACGAAAGAUAUAUAACGGUUUGUACCUUUUUAUUGUAUAUGAAUAGAUGAUUUAUGAAUAUUUUUCUCUGUGAAUCUCCUUACGAAAUGUGCCAACCUAGCCAAAGUAAUAUAAUUUCUAUAAUUUAUCAGAGUUAAGCACAUUCCGAUUUUUUAAUAUAAAAUACAUCAUCUAAUUUGUGACUUUGGAUUUACGUAAGAUUUACAUGUGUAGAGAAAUUUUAUAUAUAACUAUAUUUUAGAUAUAGAAUAUGCUUUUUAUAUCGGAUACAUUGUUGCAACCCCAUCUUUCAUGCAAAAAUAACUAUAAUAAAUAUAAUUUCAUGCA